CCGUUUUGGCCUGCGCGGGGGUGGAAACCACUGUUUAGUUGUUUUUAGGUGCCGAACAGCUGCUGGUGCCUUUUCCCUUCUCUCUUGACCGUUUUGCUUACAAAGGCUGUUUAUUGACUCUGCUCGCGGCUUUUUUUGCGGUAUUAUUGCUUUCUGAAACACUGCUGCUGCUUGAAGAGGCUGUCUUUCACUUCCAAAAUACACAAGCUAAGAAAACAACCCACCAAAAUGGCGACCACUCCAGAGACUCGCCUCUUCAUCAACGGCCAAGUACGUUUCUACGCUACACUUUCAGCUAGACUAACAAACCAACCAACCAAUAUACGCAGAGCCAUGCUUGGCGAAUCUAUAGCUAAUCUUACACUCUUAUAGUUCCGGCCCUCAAGUACCAACGAAACGUUUGACCUGCCCUCGGCAAAAACGGGUGAACUAUUGGCCAAGGUCUACGAAGCAUCCGCGCAAGACGUUGAUGAUGCUGUAGCUGCCGCCAAAGCAGCAUUCCCAGCGUGGGCAGCGCUCUCUCCAUACGACAGAGGCAGAUACCUUGUACGCUUAGCCGAUCUUAUCCAAGAAUCAACAAAAGAACUGGCCAAUUUGGAAGCUGAGUCCAUGGGUCGGCCCGUGUCAACAUAUUUCGACGCCACAGCUGGGUCCAAGUACUUCCGCUACUUCUCCGAAGCAGCUUACCCACAAGGAAGCUCCAGUCUAAACACCCCUGGCUUCGUCAACAUCACACUGAAGCAGCCUGUUGGUGUUGUGGCCGCUAUUAUUCCCUGGAACGCACCUCUAGUAUUCUUCUGCAAAAAGGUCGCCCCGGCGUUGGCUGCUGGUAAUGCUGUGGUACUAAAGAGCAGUGAAAAGGCACCGUUGACAUCCCUCUAUGUUGCCAAUCUCGCACUGAAAGCAGGUUUCCCGCCGGGCGUCUUGAAUGUUCUCUCUGGCCAUGGUCCACUGUCAGGCGCCGCACUUGCGUCCCACAUGGAUGUCCGCGUUCUAUCAUUUACCGGAUCUAACCGCACAGGUAGGCUCAUCUCUAAGAUGGCCACUGACUCCAAUAUGAAGAAGCUAGUCUUCGAGCUGGGUGGCAAGUCGCCUGCAAUCAUCUUCGACGAUGCAGAUAUUGAGGCUGCGGUCCGCGAAACGCAGUUCAGUAUCCAACUUAUAAGUGGCCAGACUUGCAUGGCCAACUCCCGCAUUUACGUCCACCGCAGCAUUGCCGAGUCAUUCCUCGAAAGGUUCAAAGUCGCUUUCACAUCGGCUCGUCUUGGAGACCCCACGGAUCCAGCCAUUAAUCACGGCCCACAAGCGGAUAAGAUCCAACAUGCUACUGUCCUUCGCUAUAUAGAAAUGGGUAAGGAGAGUGGAACAUUAGUCACGGACGAGCAGUCAGCAUCGGGUCUCUAUAUCAACCCCACCAUCUUUACCAAUGUCCCGGAAGAUGCUCAGAUUAUGAAGGACGAGAUUUUCGGUCCCAUCGUCAUCAUCAAUCCAUUUGAUACAGAAGAAGAGGCCAUAGCAAAGGCCAACGACACAGAGCAUGGUCUAUAUGCGGCUGUCUACACCAAGAACUUGGACCGUGCCAUGAGAGUCGCCUCGAGACUCGAAGCCGGUACAGUUGGCGUCAACUGCACGAGUCCGACCAAGGGUGACGACAUGCCAUUUGGUGGUCAAAAGGGCAGUGGCCUUCAGAGAGAAAGCUACCUUCAUAGUAUGGAGACAUUUAUGGAAACAAAGUCUGUCCUUAUCAAAGUAGCAGGUCUAUGAGGUAAUUGUACAAAGGAAAAAAUACACUCAACGAAAUAACCAAUAAUACAAGAAACUGAAUACAUGCCUACCAUCGUGUCAUAUCUUGGAGAUGCCAGCACCGCUCUUAAUAAUUCUGCUUGCCAUCAUGCUCGCAGUGCCAGCGACGAGUAACGCACAGCACCAACCUACCAAACCCUUCCAAUUGUUCUCUUCACCUAGGAUGGCACCUGCGAUGGGAUUGCUGAUGAGGACGCCAACACCCACUACCCCAAGCGUCAUACCUAACCGAGCCCCAAUUUUGCUCUUGUCGUCGGUAAGAUUAAUAACUCCCGCAGCAGGUAAACCCAUAAAAGCGCCAGAGAAAAAGCCAUACAGAAUACAAUAGACAAUGACGCCUGCCGACGUACCAAUAGCCAAAAGACAUGCCGUCAUGAUUGUAGAAAUCAGUACUAACAAUGCCAGGAUAUUAACAGACCCAAUUUUGUCAGCAUAAUAGCCUGCAAUAACGCGGCCUGGCAGUGAGGCAAUGUUGAGAAUAACCAAGACAUAGUCAGCGACACCUUUGCUUGCUGAUGUCUGGUCUAGCGUAUACAGUUCAAUAUAGUAGAAGACAAUGUACAGUCCCAUGUAGCCAAACAUGAGGCCAAAGCAUAGCAGGAGAUAUGGGACGUCUUUGAAGGCUGCAUAGUCAAUCAACGCACCGCCGGUUCUGGGAGGAGAACGAGAUUUCAUAACACAUGCCGGUAUCAGGCAUGUUACAAGGAGAAUAAAGCCCAGAACACGAGUAGCCCAUCCGAAAUCGAUAGAGUCUUUGAUGUGUGUCAAUGCGAUAGGGAAUAUAACGCCGC